GGAUGCACAGGAGCCGUCCGAUCAUCAGCAGAUCCGCAACCUCGGCGUUCCUCUAUCCUCCAGCCAGGGAAACACGGGCCUCGCCCGCCGCUCCGCCGGCUCGUCGCUGUGCUCCGCCUCCGCUGCUGGGAGUCCAACUCCUCUUCCCCCCCCUCUCCCCGUGAUCUUGCCCGCUCCAAGCUCUAACUGCGUCCCCUGUACUAGGCCCACCGGCGGCGGGGGUGGGCUGGGCGUGGGGCCCUUGGAUCGGUGACAAGCUCUUUUCGGUUCCAAUCGCGGAUCCGUAGGCCGACGGGGACGGCGAUGGCGGCGUCGGCGGCGGGAAGGAGGAAGCGCGCGGCAGUAGUGGUGCUGGGCGACAUCGGCCGCAGCCCGCGCAUGCAGUACCACUCCCUCUCACUCGCCAACCAGGCUGGCAUGGAAGUGGACAUUGUUGCAAAUGGAGGAAGUGAUCCUCACCUGUCAUUGAGAGAGAAUCCAUCAAUUCACAUCCAUGAGAUGAAAACAGUGAAGUUAACAGGAAUUUCAAAGAUAUCUGGUGCCCUGGCACUUCUACUUAAAGCUGCUGUCCAGUUUGUUUUGCUGGUUUGGUUCCUUUGUUUUAAGAUUCCUCGGCCUGAUGUCCUUCUUGUUCAGAAUCCACCCUCUGUUCCAACGCUUGCUGCUGUAAAACUGGCAAGCUGGCUAAGAGGUGCUAAAUUUAUUGUGGAUUGGCAUAACUUCGGAUAUACAUUGCUGGGAUUAUCUCAUGGCAGAAGUCACAUCGUAGUCAAAAUCUAUUUCUGGUUUGAGAAGCACUUUGGACAGAUGGCUGAUGGCGCUCUUUGUGUUACAAAAGCAAUGCAGCAUGAGCUUGCCCAAAAUUGGGGAAUCAGAGCGACGGUUCUUUAUGAUCAAUCUCCUGAAUUUUUCCACCCUGCUUCGAUGAUGGAGAAACAUGGGUUGUUUAGCAGGUUAGGGAAUGCCAUUUGUAGUGCUAUGGGCAAUGCUGAUUGCAUAUCUGUGGAGAAAGAAGUGGAAGACAUCAACACUAAUGUCUUUAUCAGUAAGAUUGAUGGCGAAAUUGUUUUGAAGCCUAACAGACCCGCACUUGUCGUGAGCAGCACAAGCUGGACACCGGACGAAGAUUUCAGCAUACUUCUGGAAGCAGCACUGAUGUAUGAUAGACGUGUUGCUGCAACUUUAGGUGAAGAUGAUUCAAUGGAUGAGGGGCAACUUUGGACUGAUAUCAAGAAGGGAAAGCAAUUUGUCUACCCAAGAUUACUGUUCAUUAUCACUGGUAAAGGACCUGAUAGGAAGAAAUAUGAGAAUCAGAUAAAAAGGUUGAAGUUGCGACGUGUUGCCUUCCGGACGAUGUGGCUCGCAAUAGAGGACUACCCUCUAUUGCUUGGGUCAGCUGAUCUAGGAGUAUCGUUGCAUACAUCUUCGUCAGGGCUGGACCUACCUAUGAAGGUGGUUGAUAUGUUUGGAUGUGGAUUGCCAGUUUGUGCUGCUUCUUUCUCCUGCAUCGAGGAGCUUGUAAAAGUAAACAAAAAUGGUCUUCUUUUCUCAACAUCUUCGGAGCUUGCCGAUGAACUUAUGAUGCUAUUUAAGGGGUUUCCAGAAGAAUGCGUUGCCUUGAAAUCCCUCAAAGAAGGUGCCAUGGAUACAGCAUCAUGUUCGAAAUGGUCAACAGAAUGGGAAACUAGCGCACUACCUUUGGUGAACCAGGUCUGUGGAUGAGAUGUCAGAUGUGUGCUAACAUAGUAUAAAAAAGACAGUUGUUUGGUUCCAGAAAAACAGAUAUAGGUGCACCAGAGGUGCACUAAAAGGGUACUCUUUGCUUUCAGCAGCUGCUGCCAGGAUGAGUUGCUACGAUGUGCAUCGCCAUAGCAAAUCUAAUUCAGUGACCAUGUAUUUGGUCAAUUUUAGAGCUAAAAAGCUCUUUCCGUUUUAGACUGGAAAAAUGUACUCUUUGCUGAGCACGUGACUAAAUUGUUUCUGGAUGUAUAUUACAAUAGAUUGUUUGAUACUGUACCAUAUUGGAAUAUCUCUAGCCUGUUCCAUGAUACAAGCAAAAACAUAGAAAACUGUAUUGUUUCCUUG